AUGACGUCCCAUAUCCGAAUCAAGGAGGAUCUUUACACGAAACCUUCGUUGGGGCCAAACCGAAUCGAUGCCGACCCUCACAGCGAACCGACUGUCAUCCCCCAGAAACCUUCCUUCCUCUUCCCAGCGCAGUUCUAUAAAAAUCUAUUCGCAGCCUCCGCUUCAUUGCUACAAAAACCACCGAACAAUAAUUCCCCUGUCCACACCAUCCCGUACUCGUCCCCAUCCGUUGACGAUGAAAAAGCCGAAGAUCUAUCCACUCCGGGACCACCAACUCCGUUCUUCCCAUCGACAUCGACUCAAACGAUGGCACACUUUCCACGCAAUCUCCUGUUUUCCGCAUCUCCUGUUUCUUCCUGUAAUGCACACACUACCGGAGCAGCCGGCGAGGAAGAGAAACUUUCCAGCCAUGGACAAACACCGCAGCAGCAGCAGCAGCAGCAGCCGCACCACCAUCAGGCUCACCAUUCGGGUGGUGGUGUCCACCGUGGUGCGGCGGGUAGCGCGGCAACGCCAGAGCACAACGAUGUCAAGGAAGCGGCAGCUCGGUCGGAGAAAGCACCAUCCUCCUUCCCCUGGCUGACGGAUACGACCAACAAUAACGACUACUCAAAGGCCAACAACAAUAACCACCACCACCCGCACCAUCACCACCACCACCAUCAUCACCAUCCGAGCACCUGCCGCCAUCCGGAGGACUCGAAAGUGUCCCUGAACUGCAACAGUUCCCCACGAGCCGGUCCAGGAGCCGCCGGCACUCACCAUCCAUCAGCCUCGGAGGGAGCAACUCCCGACUCCGGCAGCACGACGGCGACGGCCGCGAUACCCAACUUCAACCAGAUGCCCGUACCGGGUUCGGUCCAGGGCCAGAAUCCCACCCAGGGACUGGUGCACUGGAUGAGCGCGGUAAUGGCAGAACACAUGACGUCAAACUCGCACCACGAUCCGGCCGGUGUCGGGAUGCAUUAUAUGUGGAAUGGACCGAUGGAGCAAUGCGGUCAGCAUACCAAAGACAUGGACGCGUACAGCGGAUGGCCGGCCCCGAGAAACCACAUGUCCAUGAAGCAAGGAUACGAGGCCAAGAUGAAUGCCGUCGACCAUCAUCAUCACAACAACCUGCAAAAAGGACAUAUGAUUGACGACGGCCGGCUGCUGGACCACCAUGGAAUGCAAUCGGCAGCGCAGAUGAGCCAGCUGUACGGAGCGCGGGGUCCAACGAGCAACGGAUCUCCGGGUGGGCCACACGUUCAUCCCAAUGCCGCUGCCCUGUUGGUGGUGCCGCAGCCCAUUAACGCCACCAAGAUCGGCGCAGGGCUGCCGAACGGCACCGGCCGGAAGUACCAGUGCAAGAUGUGUCCGCAGAUUUUUACAUCGAAAGCGGAUCUCCAGCUACAUACGCAAAUUCACAUGCGCGAAGCAAAACCCUAUAAAUGUUCCCAAUGCAAUAAGGCGUUCGCCAAUUCGAGCUAUCUGUCGCAGCACACCCGGAUACAUCUGGGCAUCAAACCGUACCGUUGCGAAAUUUGCCAGCGGAAAUUCACCCAGUUAUCGCACCUACAGCAGCACAUCCGAACACACACAGGUGACAAACCAUACAAAUGUCGACAUCCGGGCUGUUUGAAGGCCUUCUCCCAGCUAUCCAAUCUGCAAUCACACUCCCGCUGCCACCAAACAGACAAACCGUUCAAGUGCAACUCGUGCUACAAGUGUUUCUCCGAUGAACCUUCUCUUCUGGAACACAUCCCGAAGCACAAAGAAUCAAAGCACUUGAAGACACACAUCUGUCAGUAUUGCGGUAAAUCGUACACCCAGGAGACGUACCUAUCCAAGCACAUGCAAAAGCACGCAGAACGAACCGACAAGCGGCCUCCCAUCGGCACACGCAGCAGUAGUAGUUCAUUGAAUCUGAACACGGCUACUACUGCACCACCGGUCAUGACGGGUGGCGAAAAUCCUUAUUGGCCCAAGGUAAGUCCAGAUUCUGCAGCCACCCUAACGGACGUCAUGACGCAGCAGCAACAGCAGCAGCAACAACAACAACAGCAGCAGCAAGCAGCCCAACAACCCCAGCAGCAGACGCAGCAACAACCCCAGAGCCAUCACGAUUUCAACCUGAGCCAGCAAACCAAUGCCAACAAUCAAACUCCGAACGGACACAAUCCGGGCGGCGAAUUGCAUCACCAUCGCGAGGAGAACGUCGAGGAUCUGGUCGUUGGUGGCCGACAGAAUCCGUCCAGCAUGAACGGAAACCUUUCGAUUCCGCCCUCCUCGACACCGAUGUCAACCGGUGGCUACGACACCGGCAGCAUAGCGAAAGCAACUUCGAACUCCGCAUUUACACCGAUCAACGCAAUGCCACCGCACAGUUUGAACAGUCUGCAGCACCACCAUCAGCUGGCUCAGCGGCCGUAUCUGUACGAUGCGAUCAGCUUCCAGAACCAGAAAUCGAUCAACCAAAGUCCGUCGAAUACGUUCCCGAACCAGCUGAUCUCGCUGCAUCAGAUUCGAAACUAUGCCCACCAACCGGGCGGUGGUUUGAUGGCGGGAGAGCACCUACUGGGGGUGACCGUUGGAGCCGGUGGAAAGGAUAAGGGUUAG